GAUCUUAUCUAUUAACACCCUCCAAACACUAUUGAGGAUAAGGUUCCUUAGCAAAGUUCAAAGUUAGCAGGAGGAUGAGGAUGAGGAAUUAGUUUGAGGGAAGCAUGAAUUCAACAUCAACGCAUUUCGUGCCACAGAGAAGAGUUGGUGUGUACGAGCCUCUCCAUCAAUUUGGUAUGUGGGGAGAAACAUUCAAGAGCAAUAUUGACAAUGGGGAAAAUAUGAACACUCCAAGCCACUUUAUUAUACCAAAUAAUCAAAAACCAGACACCAACUUGUCAGAGGAUACUUCACAUGGAACAGGAGGAACUCCAUACAUGUUUGAUCAAGAAGUUUCCACGUCUCGACAUCCUGAUAAGAUACAAAGAAGGCUUGCGCAAAACCGCGAGGCUGCUAAGAAAAGUCGCUUGCGCAAGAAGGCUUAUGUUCAGCAGCUAGAAACAAGUAGGUUAAGACUAAUUCAUUUAGAGCAAGAACUCGACCGUGCUAGACAACAGGGUUUCUACGUGGGGAAUGGCAUGGAUACUAACUCUCUCGGUUUCUCGGAACCCAUGAAUCCAGGGAUUGCUGCAUUUGAGAUGGAGUAUGAACACUGGAUUCAAGAACAGAACAAACAGAUAUGCCAGCUAAGGACAGUUUUGCAAGGACAAGUCAGCGAUGUUGAGCUCCGUUUGCUAGUUGAAAACGCCAUGAAACAUUACUUUGAACUUUUCCGGAUGAAGUCAGCAGCUGCAAAAGCAGAUGUGUUCUUCAUCAUGUCAGGGAUGUGGAGAACUUCUGCAGAACGGUUUUUCCUGUGGAUUGGCGGGUUUCGACCCUCGGAUCUUCUCAAGGUUCUUAUGCCACAUUUUGAUGUAAUGACGGAUCAACAGAUAUUAGAUGUAUGCAAUCUAAGACAAUCAUGUCAACAAGCUGAAGAUGCUUUGUCUCAAGGUAUGGAGAAGCUACAACACACGCUUGCGGAUUGUGUUGCUGGUGGAAGACUAGGUGAAGGAAGUUAUAUUCCUCAGGUGAAUUCUGCUAUGGAGAGAUUAGAAGCUUUGGUCAGUUUUGUAAAUCAGGCUGAUCACUUGAGGCAUGAGACAUUGCAACAAAUGCAUAGGAUCUUGACCACAAGACAAGCGGCUAGAGGGUUAUUGGCUCUUGGUGAGUAUUUUCAACGGCUUAGAGCCUUGAGUUCGAGUUGGGAAACUACACACCGUGAAACAAUUCAACAAAGAAAAGACCAACAAGAAGAAUCAAGAAAGAAGAUGUGUGCAUCUUGAAAACAGAGGAUCACUCAGAACAAAUGGGGGUUGCUGCCUGUAAUUAAUUUUUAUUCUGCGGUGCAAUUAGAGAAAUUGAGAAAUAUAUUGAUAAAGUUGUAAAUAUCAGAAGGAGCAGAGUGCAAAGAUUUUUACUUUGUAGCUUUCAUAUAGAAGUUUUUCGGAUGUUAAUUUGAAUAUAUAGAACUUGAUUCAUAAU